GCGUUUUUUCCCACGGUUAGGAAUGCAUCAUAUCCGCGCAUGUGUGUUUGUUAGAGGAUAAACAACUGGUAGCAGUAAUCUUGUAAAUAAACAGUCACAUUCAGGUGUGACUAUGGGGAAAUCCUUUUCCCACCUCACUAAGCAGACAGGCCAUGAUGAGGGCCAGGACAGUCUGACCUCUCCUCUGGAGGACACGCAGAGUGAAGAUGGGAAAUGUGGAGAUGUCUCCCAGUUUCCCUAUGUGGAGUUCACAGGACGGGACAGCGUGACGUGUCCCACAUGUCAAGGCACCGGGAGGAUCCCCAGAGGACAGGAAAAUCAACUUGUGGCAUUGAUUCCAUACAGUGACCAAAGGCUGCGGCCCAGGAGGACGAAGCUGUACGUAACAGCGUCAGUGGUGGUUUGCCUGCUACUGUCCAGCCUGGCUGUCUUCUUCCUCUUCCCUCGCUCCAUCGAUGUGACCUAUGUCGGGGUGAAGUCCGUUUUUGUCAGCUACGACCUUGACAAGCGCAGUGUCUAUCUGAACAUCACGAACACUCUCAACAUAACCAACAACAACUACUACUCAGUGGAGGUGGCCAACAUCACAGCUCAGGUGCAGUUCGCCAAGACGGUGAUUGGUAAAUCUCGCAUCAGUAACACCACUGCCAUCAGUCCUCUGGACAUGAAACAGAUCGAUUAUAUGGUCCCCACCAUCAUAGCAGAGGAGAUGAGCUACAUGUAUGACUACUGCACUCUGCAAACCAUCAAGGUUCACAACAUUGUCGUCAUGAUGCAAGUGACUGUCACCACAACAUACUUUGGCCAUGCAGAGCAGGUGUCUCAGGAGAUGUACCAGUAUGUAGACUGUGGAGGGAACACCACUUCUAUCAGAGGGAUGACCAAGCCAUUCAGCCUCUCACAUCCUGCUGAGUAAACACAUCACUGUCCAAUCCAGAAGUUAGCCUUAGGUGGUUCACUGUUUCCCCCUUCCCCUCCACCUGCUGUGUCCAACUAACUGCUGUUGUCACAAUACCAUGAUGUUCACUUCAAUACCAGUACUAGAAGAAAUCCACACCAAGAUAAGAAAAUUCAUCUAAUGAAAGCGCAUUGCAUUCAGCAAAGAAAAAACAUGGUGAUUUUUAUCUCAUAAUUAUUUUUCAUAUGAUAAUUUUGAGAUGCUAGACAAUGAUUACUCUUGAUCACAAGAUCUGUAUUUUGCAAUUACAAGAAAACAAUUUAAUCCUUAGCUCAAUUAAAUACUAUUUCAUAAUAAUGAGAUCCUUGUCUCGUAAUUACAUGAAAAUGGUUUCAUAAUUAAAAAAAAUACAAAGCUUGUCAUUAUAAGAAAGCUUUCAUGGGUCUCAUAAUUACAAGAAACUAUUUCAUAAACACAAGACCGGUAUUUCGCAAUUACAAAACAAUUUCAUAAUUAUGAGAAGAUACGUGUCUCAUAACUAAAAGAUACCAAUUUUUUAAUUUGAGUAUGCUUCCUUUAAAUUCUAAGAUCUUUUCUUGUAACUACAAGAUAUGGAUCUCAGUGCUAAAGUGAUACCUCAGUUUUGAUUGAUUUGCUUGAUUGUAUUUGGUUGGUCCUCAAAAAAGACUGAGGUUUGAUACCCAGCCCUUAUUUCAGAAUAAGAAAUGGUGGUCCUAACUGUAAUAUUAUGGGUAAGCCUCCUAUUAUUGAUAUCUCGAGAUGACCUUCCAAUUUAAAUCUUUAUCUCUGAGUAAUGGGCUUAAAAAGUACAUCUUUAGCAUUAUAUCUCAACAUUUCAGUUAUGAUCCAUUUUUACAUAUGAUCCUUUUUAUUCUUGUUAUGAUAACGAGAAUAAAAAGUUAUUACAACUGCUCACAUGAUGAAAGUAUCAUUUAUAUAGUUUAGUAUUGGAUUGGAUAUUUUUUAACAGUGUUGAAGUGGCAUCAUAUUUUUUGUAACAACAAUGUGAUAACACUGCAGAGAAUAGAUUCCAUUCUUAUGUUUUUGUUACAAACCAUGAUCUAUGAUUUAUAAUUUGGCAGUUGUGAUCCUAAGCAAGAGGAGGGAUUAAAAGGGGUUUCUUAGAAUAAUAAAUGUAGAUUUGAAAACUUGAUAAUGGUAAUAUAUUACCUACCAAACCAUAAUGCACUUUAUAAGUCUAUUUAAAAUACACAUUUUAUUAACAGUCCCAAGUUCUUAAAAGCCUAUUCCUCCACCACAGUGUGUUGGGCAAAAAGUGGUGUUGUUCAUUGAUUCGAGUAUUCAGAUACUGCUAUCUGAAACUGGGAGAAGCUGAAGUUGUUCAUAGUGUUCCUCUGACUGCACUGUCUGCUUUGAAUUAGUACAAUCUGUGUACUUUCCUUCUUAAGUAUUUGAUUGUCGGUUGCUCGCUAUUAUAGUUUAUACACUGCUAUUCUUAUUUACCUCUAUCUUAUUAUAAAAUGAAGGCACUCAUGUUGCAUUCCAUUUUAAAGGUUGAAGUGGAAAAUUCUAACCUCCUUGUGUUCCAGUGGUCUAGCUAGUGAGAGACGAACAUUUUGAGAAAUAUGCUUUUUACCCCAACUCUAAUCCUUCCUACCCAGAGUUGAGAAUUUCUAAUGUAAUGUUUACUGUUGAAAGACUUGAGGCGUGGUCACACCAGCAUUUAAAUCAGAUAUUUCCACAUGAAAUAAAGUCAUGCCAUGGCAAUCACCGCAAUCAGGAGAUCUGCGAGCAAAGGCCAAGUAAAUAAAAAAACACAAAUUUUCACCAUCAGCCAAUAGCAAACCACAAUAGCAAGCUGACUUUGGGAGAGCUGGAAAGUCCAAAAUGGAGUGAACUAUCUUAGUUUAUUGUGCGGUUAAUAACUAAGCAAGCUAGCUGUUAGAGCUAGUGUGGCUGGCUAGCCUUGCGAGCUUCUAGCACCACCUUUUUUAUGAGGAUAUAUAGUUGAAGUUCACUUUGUGGUUGAACAGUCAAACAGCUAGUUUAGUUAGCCAGCAAGUUGCUCAGGAAGUAGAUCCUAUGCAAUUAGCUACAAUAGCUAAUCUGGGGGGCUAAUUCCUGUGUUUACUUUUGGUUUGACAAAGAGACUAAGAGCAUUUGAAAUGACUUAUGGAAAAUUGUUGUUUAUUAGGAAAACCCUAGAAAGCUUGAGCUGCUAGCCCUGAUACAGAUUUUUAUCUCUUAUUUCCCAAAACUUAAUAACGACAGUGGCGAGUGCAAAAUUAACCAUAUGAUGUGUUACAGGGCAACACUUUAUGGUAUCACUGCUGCUCGGGCUGUGGAAAGAGCAUGUAAGCACCACUUACACAAGGAGGAUUAUUAGACUGGAUACAGUUACUCUUUGAUGAGCAGGGUUUAUCACUUUAGAGGGGAGCUAGGCUAGCAUUUUCCCCUUACUUCCAGUCUUUGUGUUAAGCUAGGCUAUAAAUGUCCCCGACCUAUCUCUGCACUGGACACUCCAUGAUGAGACUGACAUCUUCUCAUCUGUAUCUGGGUGAGGUGUAAUACCCUAAAUGUUGCACUAACUAUUAUUUUCAUUGUAAAUUAAUCUGUCUUUUGUUUUGUUAUUAAUCCUCUAUGUCUGAACUGUUGGGUUGCUUGUUUUGUUGUCUGACCAACAGUCCAAAACCCAAGAACAUUCAACUUGCAAUCAUAUAAGAGACAAACAGCAAAUCCUCACAAUUGAGAACCAUGAAUCAGCAACUGCAACAUCUUGAAAUCAAAGUUCAUUCUAUUUCUUUUGUAUUCUACAUGCUAGAAAUAAUGCAUACAUGACAGAACAUCAGAACAUCAAAUCACUGACAGCUUAGGGUUGGUAAAUAAUGUAAUUAAAACUGUAAUUUCCAACUUUCUGACAUUUCCUGAAUGCAUUGUUUCUGUUACAUUUUGGGGCAUCCUGUGAUUUUAUGGCCAUGAAUGACUUUACAUGUUAAUUUCUACAUUACGCAUACUAAUCACUACCACAUUCUUCUACCUGUGUUGGUGUCCUCCAAAGGAAUGAUGUUCCCAUUUUUAUACCUUACAAAAAAAGAUAAAUAGUAAUGCAUUUCAACUAAUUUAUUUUGAUUGAUGAAAUUCUAAAAUGGUGUAUAUUUUCUCAUCUUUGAUAGAAAAUCACCCCUUUGUGUAUUAAACUAAAUUAUUUUGAAUUUGGAAAAACAUCUUUCAUAUCUAGAACUUUGUAUGAUUUCUGUCAACAUAGAACCAUUAUCUAUUUUUCAUCCUGUAAAUACUUUAAAACCUUGUCUAUAAUGUUAUCAUACAAACUUUUGGUUGGAAAGGUAGACCACAGCUCUAACAUUUGUACUGAGUGGAAUUAAAAGAAAAGCACACUUAUGUUUUUUUUUUUUUAAUCCUAACAUGCAUUAACAAUCUUUAUUAACAUUUGGAAAAGUUAUUUUAGACUCCUACCUCUUCUGUCAUUUUAAACACUUUGUUGGUCAUUAUUCAUAGUGAGUAUUUUUUGUGGGAGCAUGAAUAAAGUUUUAAAACACAA